AUGACAAGUAUAUUCACUGCUACAACUUUGAAGUGGAAGAAGUACAAAAAACUUGGAGCCGGAUCGUACGGGACUGUAUACUUGGCUGGCGAAGCUAAUUCUCUAUUCCUGGGAGGUUCGUUUGCAGCAGUUAAGAGUGCUGAGUUUGAGCACUCAAAAGAAACUAUAAAGGAGGCCGAGUUCUUGAAAGAAGUAGCAGAUAAUCCCUAUAUUGUUCGGUGCUUUGGCGAGGAUAUUAGCAUCGAGAAGGGAAAAGAAGUUUACAACAUGUUAAUGGAAUAUGCACCCGGAGGCACCCUUCAUGAUCUGAUCGUUGCUUACAACGUUAAGGGAAGUACCAUGCCAGAAUCCCAUGCAGCCGUUUACUCCUACAUGUUGCUUGGUGGUCUUUCCCAUGUUCAUCGGAGAGGGUUAGUUCACUGUGACUUGAAGCCCUGCCACAUCCUCGUUUUUCCAAAAAUAAAUGGAACUGAUUUGCACCAUCUGAAAAUCGCUGAUUUUGGACUAGCCAAGCACGUUUGGGAGGAUCAUCCAGUCGAAUUUUUGCGUCGCCAUCGUGGCACGCAGGUUUAUGCAUCACCGGAGUCCAUAAUGUUUAGGAUGCACGGGACAGCAACCGAUGUAUGGUCACUUGGAUGCACUAUCUUGGAGAUGAUGACGGGAAGACAAACUUGGACGGACGAGGAGAUGUGGGAUUUGUAUGUUGAGAUGGUGCAAGGUCCAUCUUCAGUAAUUUCCAAACUUGGAAAAGAUUUCUUGAGGAGAUUCUUCCUAACAGAUCCAAAUUGUAGAUGGACAGCUCCCAUGCUUCUUGAUCAUCCGUUUAUUACACAAAAUAUGAAGGGAUUACCUCCAGUUGAAGAAACUCAAUUUCAGAACAACCCUUUUGGCAUCUACGAUGGAUGGAUUGUUAUCGAACACCUGUUUUCGACUCCCAGUCAACCUCAGUCAUAUCCUUCCUUCUUGUCUCAACCCUCCCCUCCUAAAGAGAAUAGUUCAUAUCAGCUUUUCCCAAUUCAAUGCAAUACACAAGCCGUUGGAGGUCCGUUUUCUAUUCCUUGUGGAAUAGAAUCAGUCAACCGUCUCCUGGCAUGA